AUGUUCAUCAUCGCCUGUACUGUUUCCGGAAUCUCAGAGUUCGCCGUCUGGAUCCCGGCCAAGCACUCGUCCAUCACCAUCGGCUUUGCCAUCAUGUUCGGCUUCGCGUCGGGAGCCUUCAUAGGUCUUUCCGGCGCCUUGCCCGUCUCGGUGUCCCCGCCGCCUGAGAUGGGCUACCGGCUGGGCGUGGUGUUCCUCGCCAUCUCGAUCCCAGCACUCAUCAUGGCCCCCAUUGGCGGAGCCAUUCUGCAGAAUUCAGCCAUGGCUGGCUGGACGUGA